AUGCAGCGCACCGCGGCCGGCCUGCGCGCCGACCUGGCGCGGGCGCUGGAGGCCGAGCAGGCGCUGCACCUCUCGGUGUCCGCGCGCCGCUCCGCCCUGCGCGACUUCCUGCUGCGGGGGGCGCUGGCGGAAACGUGGGUCCCGCAGUGCGGGCCUGUGCACGUGGCGCCCAGCGCGAGAGCCGAGCGCGAGGCGCUGCACGCGGCCAUCCAGGGGCAGAUCUCCCUGAACCUGCGGCUCCGCGCGGGCGGCGGGCAUCUCCUGGCGACUCCCAACCACGAGCUCGUGCGGCAGGUGGCGUCCGCCAAGGUGCUAGCGUUGGAGCUGCUUCUGCAGCAGGCGCAGUGUCCAGGGUCUCCAGUGUUCUGUCCCUCGCCCCUGGCUGCUUGUGCUGGCGUGGCCGAUGCCGCGCGCGCGCUGGCCUUGGAGCAGGACGCAGAGUACCACGCGCGAGACGAGUCGAGCCCGGAGGUUUGGCAUUGCCGCCGCCGCGAGGAGUUCGCCGAGUGGGACAGCGUCCGGGCCCUGGACGAGCAGUUCGUGGAGUGCGAGUUUCAGGUCUGCAUGUGCGCCAUCUCCAUAGUGCGGUUCCUGACGGACCACCGCGUGGCGGUGCCCUUGGCCGUCACCACCCGGCUCCUGGAGACGCACGACGUCCUCCUGCUGCUCGUGCCUCUCAUGGAAAAGGCUCCCUGGGUCCGGAAGAACCGCCUGAACGGGCGGAUCCAGAAGUUCGAGGAGCACGAGUGGACGUCGAGGCCGACGACGAGGGCCGCCUGCCCAAGCUGCACAGCCAGCUCUGGCUGGCGAUCUACAACCUCGUGA